AUGGCAUCCUACUCUUAUGUCACCGAUGAAGACACCCUGCCGACGACAAUUCCGCUUUGGCGCCGGAUCUUCGACCAAGGCUGUAUCUCCAAGGAGGUUCUCAUUCACCAAUACAAUGGCUCUGGCACCGAAGAGGAUCCUUUCCAGGUCUCCUGGCUGGAGAAUGACCCACGUGACCCGAUGAAUUUCUCUGCAGUGAGCAAAUGGCUCGUCACGCUCCUAGUAAGCGUCAACACAAUGGCGGUAGCCUUGGUGUCGUCUGCCUACUCCGGCGGUAUCGUGGAAGUCAUCCUUGGUUUUCAGAUCAGUGAAGAAGUAGCCAUUCUCGGAAUCUCUCUCUUCGUCUUAGGAUUCGCCGUGGGUCCGCUAAUCUGGGCGCCGUUGAGUGAAAUUUAUGGACGUCGAUAUAUCUUCAUUGCUAGUGCAGCUGGCCUGACCGUGUUCGUAGCCGGUGCCGCCGGAUCACAGAACAUUUGGACUUUGAUUAUUCUUCGCUUCUUUGCAGGCUCACUCGGAUCCGCCCCGUUUGCUGUAGCUGGUGGUGUUAUCGCUGACUGCUUCCCUGCUGUUAGCCGCGGCCUGGCCAGCGGGCUGUACUGUGCUGCACCCUUCCUGGGACCGACACUAGGCCCUAUUAUUGGGGGCUUCUUGUCCGAGUCAGCUGGCUGGCGCUGGGUUGAGGGUUUGGUUGCAGCGAUCGCUGGGGUUCUAGGAAUUAUAACCGUAUUUACUUUGCCGGAGACAUAUGCCCCAGUUCUCCUGAGAAAACGGGCAGUACGCCUCUCCACCAUCACCGGCCGCGUCUACCGCAGCAAACUCGAUAUUGAGCAGGGUGAGGCGUCCCUCACGGGAACCCUGAAAGUGGCCCUGUCUCGGCCGUGGUUGCUUCUCUUUCACGAGCCUAUUGUCCUCCUCUUGUCAAUUUACCUCUCUAUCGUGUACGGCAUUUUAUACAUGUUUUUUGCGGCCAUGCCCAUUGUCUUUCAAGAGGGGCGUGGCUGGAGCGAAGGAAUGGGCGGCCUCUCGUUCCUAGGGAUUCUGAUCGGUAUCCUAAUCACGGUGGCGGCAACAGUUCCCAUGUAUUUCCGAUACAAGAAGAAUAUGCCCAAAGGUGGGCGAACCCCUCCUGAGGCACGCCUUCCCCCGUCCUUUGCCGGUGCUAUCGCCCUGCCGAUUGGACUUUUCUGGUUCGCAUGGACAAACUCCCCUUCGAUACAUUGGAUAUCUCCUAUUGCGGCCGGAGUUCCGUUUGGCUUCGGUAUGGUGGCGGUGUUCCUUUCUGUCCUGAACUACUUGGUCGAUGCAUAUACCCUCUACGCGGCGUCGGUUCUGGCAGCCAAUUCUGCCAUGCGCUCGGUCUUCGGUGCUGCGUUUCCCUUGUUCACCACGUACAUGUAUAAUAAUCUGGGCAUUCACUGGGCCUCAUCUGUUCCAGCCUUUCUGGCCCUCGCGUGCGUCCCCAUGCCAUUUCUGUUCUAUCGAUAUGGCGCGGCGAUUCGUGCGCGGUGCCCUUAUGCCGCGCAAUCGGAUGCAUUCAUGGAGAAAUUGCUGGCACAAUCUACAGCGUUAAAGCCGGAUGCCUAG